AUGCAUCCAGAUAACGACCUUCCAAAACUCGCGUCCUGCACCACCUGCCGAUUCGUAGAGGACAAAUCGAACUACUGGACCGCCGUGAUGUACUUCCAACACCAGAAUGGAUCUUAUUCAAGGGUUCCUCAAAUGGCGAAUCAUAACACGGGUCCUGGAUUACAAUCUGGUGGAAUGACAGUCUACUACUUCCAACCCAAUGGGGGUAUUCCGUUCACAACCUUCCCAAAGGGAUUCCGGAUGAUAGUUGGAAAUCCUAUGAAGCGCCGGAACGAUAUCCCUUCCGGAGACACCGCGGCUAAAGCUGUUACGUUCAGAUGCUUCACCGCAAACGAUGUUGGCGCCGGAACGCCUGGUGAUGCUCCCGAUACGUUCGAAUUUCCAAGGAACCCGUGCAGCUACGGUAUUCGCUCGAACAUCUACUUCCCUCAGUGCUGGGACGGGAUAAAUAUCGACUCGCCAGACCAUGCAAGCCACGUCGCCCAUCCUAUCGGUGGAAUCUUCAGCACGAGAUGCCCCUCCACCCACCCCGUCAGAGUGCCCCUUCUCUUCAUCGAGAUCGUCUGGGACACUCGGCCCUUCAAUGACAGGUCCCUCUGGCCAAGGGACGGCAGCCAGCCGUUCGUCUUCAGCAUGGGCGACCCAACUGGGUAUGGACAGCACGCCGACUACGUCUUCGGCUGGGAAGGCGACUCCCUCGAGCGCGCGAUGCGACAGUGCACCGGAGGCGACGGAAUCCCUUGGAAGUGCCCUGCACUUACGGUCCAGGAUACGGACGCGAUGAACAACUGCAGGCUUCCCAACCAAGUGCCUGAGGUCGUGGAAGGACGAGUCCUCCCAACACUGCCUGGCUGCAAUCCUAUUCAACGCGGCCCAGCACCCGCAACCAUGGUCGCCAACUGUAACGCACCUUCGACGACAACGAACGCGCCUAUGCCGACCGAGCCUCCAGUCGCGGUGAACCCCCCAUGGACCGUCUGUCACUCGGGUCCAGGGCCGAACAAUGUUCCUAUCGUUCCCAAUUGCUCGGAGUUCCCUGGCUUCACUGGAGCAGCGGUAGCGGAACCCACCGCUCCCCCAGCGAUUAUAACUGGAGUCUGA